AUCAACUGCAACGGCUUUACCCUCAGUGACCAAAGAGGACUGCAGGCUGUUGGAGUGGGAAUCUUCCCCAACCUCUGCCAGGUCAACCAUGACUGCUGGCCCAACUGUACUGUCAUCUUCAACAAUGGCAAUCAUGAGGCUGUAAGAUCAAUGUUCCACACACAGAUGAGGAUCGAGCUGCGGGCACUAAGCAAGAUUUCCCCAGGGGAUGAGCUGUCUGUUUCCUAUGUGGAUUUCCUCAACGUGAGCGAGGAGCGGCGGAAGCAGCUCAAGAAGCAGUAUUACUUCGACUGCGCCUGCGAGCACUGCAAGAAGCAGAUCAAGGAUGACUUGAUGCUGGCGGUGAAGCAGGGGGAAAGCAAGCCCUCUGCAGAGAUGGUGAAGGAGGUGAUCCAGUUCUCCAAGGACACGCUGGAGAAGAUCAACAAGGCGCGCAUGGAGGGACUGUACCACGAGGUUGUGAAGAUGUGCCGUGAGUGCCUGAAGAAACAGGAGCCUGUGCUGGGGGACACGAACAUCUACCUCCUGAGGAUCCUCAGCAUUGCCUCCGAGGUGCUCUCCUACCUCCAGAUGUUUGAGGAAGCAGCUGACUAUGCCAAGAAGAUGGUGGAUGGCUACAUGAAGAUAUACCAUCCCAACAACGCACAGCUGGGGAUGGCUGUGAUGCGGGCAGGAGUCACUCACUGGCAUGCUGGCCUCAUUGAGGCUGGGCAUGGCUUGAUCUGUAAAGCCUAUGCCAUUCUCCUGAUAACCCAUGGACCUUCCCACCCAAUUACCAAAGACCUGGAGGUCAUGCGUGUCCAGACGGAGAUGGAGCUGCGCAUGUUCCAGCAGAACGAGUUCAUGUACUACAAGAUGAGGGAAGCUGCCCUCAAAAACCAAAAGAUUCAAGUCAUGCCUGAACCCAGCAAUGAGACCUCACCAGGCCUCUUCCACAAGAAGGAAUAAACCCCGAGCUUGACACAGAUUCAUUCCUGUGGCGUAACAUCACCUGUGGCACCUCCGCUCAUUGGGAAUGUGAUAUGUGAUAUAUCCAUAAGGAUCAUUCCCAGUGGCACUAAUCUGACAGCAUGGGCUGCUGGGGGAGAGUCCUGAAACGUGUUCUGAAGGCUCAAAGCAGAAGAGGUCUUGACAGAAACAACAUCGUUUUUUUACCACUAGCAUUAAAAACCAAAGCAAACCCGCCUGUUAUAGAAUUAUUUACAUUCUUAUUGGAGGCCUGUUUCUCUCUGCACAACUCCUG